GAAGGAUGUGGUGAUAAGAGACCUUCCAGGUUUACGUUUUUGUCACUGUUUCUGUUUUCUUUUUCGUUUAUGUCUGAUUUCUGUUACAUUUAGCAAAGUCUGCCACUUUGAUACAAUGAAAACAGUAUUCGUAACUGUCGGGACGACAAGUUUCGAUGAUCUCAUCGGCACGGUGACUUCACAUGAAUCCGUGAAGGCAUUAAUUGACCGUGGCUACACAGACCUGGUGCUUCAGGUUGGCAGAGGUUCAGUUGUGCCUGAUCCAGACACCUGUCCAGGACUGACGCUUCAGGUGUUUCGUUUCAAAGACUCAAUCGCCGAGGACAUGAGACACUCAGAUUUGGUCAUCAGUCAUGCUGGAGCAGGAAGCUGUUUGGAAGCACUCGGAGCAAAUAAACCUCUGCUCGUUGUGGUCAAUGAUAAAUUAAUGGACAAUCACCAGCUGGAGCUCGCGAAGCAGCUGCAGGCAGAUUCACAUCUUAUCUACUGCACUUGCAGUACUCUGCCUCAGACGUUGAGGGAUAUGGAUCUGUCUGCUUUGACAACCUAUGUGCCUGGUCAACCACAGACAUUUGCCAACUUUUUAGAUAAAGCCGUUGGACUUGUUUGAGAGCUGUUUCUUGAACCAGGAAGAUUACUGAUGAAAAUUUAGCCUGAAGCUGAACUUGUUUUAAUGGUAACCGGACCUUCAGGAGUUGAUUGUUUGAGAAGAACUGGUUUUUACCAAACUAAUAAUUGACAUAUGAUGAUUGAUAUAUGCAUUGGAGGAGUGUUUAAUAAUGUGUAUUAAGUGUAUUAUGUAUUAUGCAGCGCUGUCUUUUUUUGACACAUUAUUUGUGUUAAAAUAUGAAAAAAGCUGUUGUUUAACCAUAGUCAUACAUUUUAAUUAAACUUAUUAUUAGAAAAUUUCAGAUUAUAGUAUUUGCUAAUAAAAAUGUUAUUUUAUA